AGCAACUGCACGUUUCGAAUCCAUUUUUCGAAUUGUUUUCGGUAUUUGUUCCUCGCCGAAGUAACAUUAGUUCUAGCUUGUUCAAACUUCUCAAACACCUUGCUCGAGCUUCUAGAUUCUGAUUCAAACAGAAAUAUUGCGUUGCUUUCCUUGUAGUGGUAGCUUAUCAGCGCUUUUCUGCACUCUGUACAAAGCAUUCUCUACUCUGCAGUCCAGAUGGACGACCCCAGGGGGCAGGAUAUAACACUAAAGGACGACGGGGAGGAAUUGGCCUUCAAAAGAAUAGUAAAAGAAGGACCUGCUGAUGACAAACCCCAUCGCAAUGAUGAUGUCUAUGUUCACUAUGUCGGGCGUCUUCCCAGCGGGGAAGUCUGCGACUCGACCAGGGAGCGGGGAACUCCAUUCAAAUUUCAGCUUGGAGGAGGCAAGGUGUUGAGAGGCUUUGAUGUUGGCGUGGCAACCAUGAACGUCGGGGAGCAGGCCGUAAUGACCCUGACGCCGAGGUACGCGUUUGGUGCCAAGGGCACGGCAAAAGUGCCGGCCAACACCACGGUGGAGUUUGACAUUGAACUGCUCUCCUACACUGGCCAGGACGUCACCAAAGCGCUGGACGGUGGUGUGCUCAAGAACAUGCUGCGUGCGGGUCAAGGCUUCCUGACGCCUCACAACAAGGCGAAUGUAACAUUGAAACUGAAAUGUUGGCAUGGCGAGCGACUUAUCGAGGACGAGAGAUAUGAGUUCGAGCUUUCAAAGUCAGGUGGUGGUACUAGCAAUCCACGGCUGUUGACCAAGGGUGCCUUGCUCGGUCUGGGCAUCAUGCGAGAAAGGGAGGUAUGCCGCUUGAUCGUCGAGCCGGAGUACGCCUAUGGUGACGAUGGCUGCCCGGAGCUGGACAUCCCGGCCGGUGCCACAUUGGUGUAUGAACUCCACCUGGUCAAGCUGCAAAAUAAAAAGAAAGUCUUUGAAAUGGGAUAUGAGGAAAGAAUGGAAGAAGCAGCUAAAGUCAAAGCGGAAGGCACCGAGUAUUUCAAGACUACAGAGUAUGCAGCUGCUCUCAAGUGCUACAAGCGAGGUGCGGAGCUGACCGGCGAAGAGAAGAUCUUCAAGGCAGAGCGCGAGCAGAAGGAGAUGGGCCAGCUGAGACUACUGUGCCUGUUGAACUGUGCGGCCACGCAGCUCAAGCUGAAGAUGUGGGCCUCGGCCAGAGAAUCCUGCUCACAGGCGUUGGAGCUCGACGGUGAUAAUGUGAAGGCGCUCUAUCGCCGUGCAGAGGCAUACCUUGGUCUCAACUGCCCGGAGGACUCCAUCCAGGACCUGCAGCGCGUCCUGAAGCUGGAGCCGGACAACAAGCCGGCCCGCCAGCGCAUGCGCCAGGCCGAGGACAAGCAGAAAGUGCUGCGCGACAAGGAGAAGAGCUUGUACAGCAACAUCUUCUCCCGCAUGGCGCAGGAGCCGCAGGCCCAGGCGCCAGCGCAGCCCAAUCUCUUUGAGGAGGCACAGGCGCGCUUGGACGCCGAGAAGGCUGCACAGCUGGCCAAGGUCGAACAAGCCGCAGCGGCAGCAGCCGCCUCGGCAGUGAAAGCAGAAGCCGCCGAGUAAGCCGAAUCCACUGGCUGAAUCUUGAACAUACGAUAAUUGAUUGACUUGUGCAUUGUUUUGCCUGUGACUGUGUACCUGGUGCCACUCUGUGCUCCAACAUUUCUAUAAUUAUUACGUAGGCUGCAAAUUAUGCAUGAUAUGACUUCAUUCUGCGGGCAAUUUGAAGCAAUUUCCUUCCUACUGCAAAGAAAAGUUUCAAAUCUCCACCCAGCUGAUGAAAUAGCCGGCCUACACCGCAUGCUGCAUUUAUAUACUGACCAUCGAAUGUCCCUCACUCCCUAGGUAUUUUGAAGCUCAGUUCCUUUUUUUAUGAAGAAGAAAGCCUUUAAAUAAUUUCUUUGACCGCUGCUGUCGCUAGCUGCUGCUUUUGCAGUUGAUCGUUGCCCUCUUUUUAUGCUGCUGUACAUUCUGCUACAGUCAUGGUAUUCCUAUUCUUUCAUAUUUCCAUAACAGGAGGCAUUUGUUAUCAUGCUG